AAGACUAAUGAUGUUGAUAAACAGACACUUUCUCAAUCUGCGCUUCUUAAAUAGGACACUGACAGAAAGAAUGCAUCUAUCAAUUUCUGAUUUUAUUUUCGAACGAUUACAUUAUGUUACUUUUCGUAGCUUUGAGUCUCGCUCUCCAUCUUGCUAAUGCAGAUCUCAAGUUGAAUGUGAUCUGUGAUGAUCAGAUGACACUCUGGAUUAACGGAGUCCAGACAGACGUUGCCGGACAGGGAGCCUGGAACCAAAUGUCCACUAUCAGUUUAGGACCAGCUGGAGCUACGAAUGUGAUCGGGAUCAAAUGUUUAAACACAGGAGGACCAUACGGGAUCAUGGGCUCCGUCGAAGAUGAGUCAGGGAACAAUGUUCUCGUUACUGACAACUCUUGGAGCUGCUCAAAUGCUGCUGAUGCUGGCUGGGAACAGGCAGGCUUUGUAGAGGGAGACAACUGGAACGCAGCAUCUUACUACCCCCACCGCGUCUACAUCACCAAUAACGGACCAUGGGCCGCCGCAAUGUCAGCCAACAAACAAAUCAUCUGGACUGCUAGCGCCGCAGAUACCACUGUUUACUGCCGAAAAGUAAUUUCAGGAUGCAGUAACUCAAACUGGGGACAGUAUAAUGGCAAAUACCUAAGUGGUUACAGUGCCGGAGUGGCCAAGUACGAUACUGUCUCUGCUGCAGUGGCUGAGUGCCCCAAACGACCUGAUUGCGGAGGUAUAACGUACGAGCCAUACUCUGGAAAGUACACUCUAAGAAAGGGGUCCGAGCUGAAAGCUAGUCCAUCCAAAGAAAUUUCAUGGAAAAUUAAUCCCUAUGCUGCUGGUUUUGCUAGUGCAGUGCUGGUCCAAGACAAGGGUUGUUGGAAGGACACCGCAUCCAGAGCCAUCAUGCCAGUAGAGAAACAGUUCCCUGCUCUCCAAGACAAUUACUGGACCCGAGCUGAACCGCUGGGAAAGUGUCUCGCAGCCACCAUGUGUUUGGGAAACAAUGUCUUCUCUCUUCAGAACGGAGGAUGGUGUGCUACAACCGGGGAUGCUCAGGACACUUACCAGAAGUUCGGAGCUAGUGACGCUUGCAAACCUGAUGGACAGGGUGGCCCCUGGGGUAACCAGGUUUACAAGGUCAACUCCGCUGUUUCGGCUUCAGAUCUAUCGUUGAAUGUGAUCUGUGAUGAUCAGAUGUUACUCUGGGUUGAUGGUGUUCAGACAAACGUUGCCGGACAGGGAGCCUGGAACCAGAUGUCUUCUCUCAAAAUUCCUGAUACCACUCAGGUGAUCGGUAUCAAAUGUUUAAACACAGGAGGACCUUAUGGGAUCAUGGGAUCCAUCCAAGAUGCGGCUGGUAACGAUGUUGCCGUUACUGACAACUCUUGGAGCUGCUCAAAUGCUGCUGAUGAUGGCUGGGAAAAGGCAGACUUUGUAGAGGGAGACAACUGGAACGCAGCAUCUUACUACCCCCACCGCGUCUACAUCACCAAUAACGGACCAUGGGCCGCCGCAAUGUCAGCAAAUAAACAAAUCAUCUGGACUGCUAGCGCCGCAGAUACCAAUGUUUACUGCCGAAAAGUAAUCCAAAAACCAGCGAUCGUGUCAGUGAAUGUAGAGAGUCUGGGGUGCUGGAGGGACACGGCUGUCAGAGCCAUAGCUACAAUUGAGGGCUCAGUCUCAUCUCUUACUGGUUCGUACAUUAGCAGAGCUAACGCCUUCGACAAGUGCCUCAAAGCCACCCUCGCCCUCGGAAACAAGGUAUUCGCCCUACAACACGGAGGUUGGUGUGCCACGGCAGCUAACGCAGGAGACACGUACAAAAAGUACGGUCCAAGCAGUUCAUGUGCUGAUGAUGGCCAGGGUGGACCUUGGGGAAACCAGGUCUACAAGAUCAACUGUUAGAGGGGAAGGAAUGCCGAUAGAACAGACCGGUCACAGGGACUGGAAAUGGAGUGCGAAAAGAAAAGAAACAAAGAAGAUACGAGAUGCAAGAUUAUCGAUUACGAGACUAUAAGGGUUUCAUGUCUAACGAUUUUCCAUCUUUUAUUUUUCGAAAGUUUUGUAGGCGAA